AUGGAUGGUUCCAAUGCCGCCAAGCGACCUCUCCCUGCCACAUCCCACCACCGUCUCGUCGAGGACUGGGAGGAUUGGGACGACGACCACAUUGUCACCCCCGUCCAUGCCGACGAGCCUCAUGUCGUCCAGCCGCCGCCUCCCGUAUAUACGCGAGAACGGCCAUCAACAAAAUCGGCAGCCUCAAGAGCUUCGAGACACUCAAGUGCCAAGAUGAAGAGGCUCCGGUCAAGGCGGCGACAGAAGGCGCAAAAUGCAAAGGCUGGCAUCAAGCUCGUCACUGACAUGGCCGUCUUCAAGCGAGGCAACCACGCCGGACAACAAGCCUGUCCCGCAGAUCCAAGGCCAGUCAAAUUCGUUGACGCUGCAGCCCUGAAAGCUCUUGAAGGGGAGCCCAGCUCGGCUUCCGUUGGCAACUGGAAUUGGCUGAACAAGGACGCCGGCCACUGUCCCAAUCCCGCCCCUCCCCGCCAGCCUGCUCCCGCGCCGGCCCAAGAGCUUUCGCCCGAGGACAGGCCAAUCGUCAUUGGAAUUUCUCUUCCUCCUGACCAGGUGAGCUCGCCUGAAGCAACCCCACAGCGGGCGGGCGUGGGCGUCGACACUUCAAAGGCGCAAAUCCCCGCCCCAACAGGAGCUAUGACAUCAGUGUGGUCCCCCGACACCCCCGACAGCAUCAACUCCUUCAGCUACUGCCGAGCCGCAUCCAGCGUGUAUUCACGGGCAUUCACGCCGGGCCUAGCGGGCGGUGACAAGGCCCCGCCUGUGCCGGCACUCCCUGCCAGCUACCAGAAGACGCCACAGCAGGGACUCGCCAGCAUCGACCUGGGAGGGACCAGCCAAAGUGAAGACGACAGUGGAACGCCCUGCACGCUCUUCGAAGAGGACGGCAAUUCGCCUGCCCACAAGCAAACAGUGGCAAAGGGGCUCUGCAUGUCACCCGACAGUGCCACGUCGAGGUCACACGGUUGGUGGGAUCAUGUCGUCACCCCCUUUUUGGACAAGAAGCUUUCCUUUUCGAGCCGAAAGAUGAAAGCCGGCUCGCCCCGGUCAGAAGCCAAAUCGCCACGCAGCUGUUGCGAAAUCACCGAGAAUCGCGACCAGGGGCGGCCAAGCACGAGGAACCUGCUACCCGUGCAGGCGCCCAUUGUUCGUAAACCCACUCCGCGAAAGUGCUCGUCGCCGAGCCCCAGCAUUGAAGCAGUGGAGGCAUCAAGGGAUGCGGAAACGCAGGCAAGACCCGAGGCCGUUGCAGAGGGCGCUCCCGCAAAGAAUGACAGGAGAAGGGUAUGCUUGGUCUUGUGGGUGAGCAUCAUUUCGCUCAUGAUACUCAUCAUCAUCUUGGCCGUCGUGCUCACGCGGCGCCAUCACGAGACGCCACGCGAGUCGCAUUCGAUUUGGGUCAACCUCACAGACUUUCCGCCCAUGCCAACCGGUGUCUUGACCGUCGUCGGCCCGGACAACAAUCAGCACGAUACCGUCGUCCCGUACAAGCCCAACCAGCCAACCGUCGUCAUGCAGAUCCAAUGGGACAACAGCUCUCAAAGCAGAAGGAAACCAGUGGAGGCAAACAUGGUUCGCAGAGGGACCGGGGCUGCGUCUUGGGCGCACGACGUGCUUGGGCGGCGACAGGCGACGCCUAGCUUUACCCCUGAGCCUGGCGCGCCGAGCCGCGAAGAAAUAUGGUUCCUGGGCAACACGACGGACAGUAUCCAGUCCGAAAACAAGGCCGGCGAGCCGACUCCGUUCUAUAUCAGCCUGUUGAAGUCGGUCCACGAUCCGGUGAAGGGGUCUGUGCUGAGCCGGAGGCAGCCUGGGACGCGAAUCGGCAAUGAGAGCUUGGAGAAGCUCUUGCCGGCACCAGAGUUGGAAGCAAAUGGCACCCCCGCGCCGGCCGUGAUGCUCCCAAGUCCCGUCCAGCAACCCGUUCGACUUUUCGACCGCGGUCUGCCGACGGAGCACUAUGGCUUCUACACGCACUUCAAACGAUCGCUCUUCCUUAAGUCAGUCACGAUCCUCAACAAGACGGACGCCGGCAAUAUUCCCCUGGACGAGGGCGGCGGAUGUCGCAAGGAUGAGGCGAACCAUCUAGUGACGUGGGGCGAGACGCGCGUGCUCAUUCAGAUCUGGACGCGCACCCUUGGCCUCAACACGUCAUCUCUGCUGAGGCCCGACGAAAGCCGCGGCAUUGGGGGGACGGGGGAGCUGAUCCGGCCGGGAACGAUGCCGUACCCGGUGACGGUGACAUUGGACACGCACGGCGGGGACCCCAUCAAGAAGCUCGUGUGGAGCUGGCCGCUCGACAAGCGGCAGGCCGUGGGUGUGGACAAGGCCGAGCUCCUGGCCAACAACAUGGGCGUCGGAGGCACGUGGAUCAACCCUCGAGGCACGGGAGACGGGAAGAUGGGUGGGUUCGACGGCGGCUCGGGAGGAUGCAGGCGCGGCCUCGUGGCCCGGCGCCGCCCACUGGCUUGCAGCCUCGAGCCGCCGGGCCCGCGCGGGCGGACGCUCCUAACGCUUGCCAUCGAGACGUCGUGCGACGACACGGCCGUGGCGGUCCUGUCGCAGUCAAGCAGCACGGGCCGCACCGCGCUGCUCUUCAACGAGCGCAUCUCGUCGGACAACCGCGAGUUUCGGGGCGUCAAGCCCUCGGUCGCGGUGCAGGGCCACAACGCCUCCCUCGCGCCGCUUGUGCGCAGGGCGCUGGCGGCUCUCCCGGAUGCUGCCGAUGACGCGACGAGGGUGGUCGAGGUGGGGGGAGGCACAGCGGCGUCGGGGGAGGAGCAGCAAACGACGACGACGACGACGACGACGACGACGAAUAACAACAAAGGGGCCAUGCUGAGGAAGCGGAUCCCGGACUUGGUGGCCGUGACGCGCGGGCCGGGCAUCCCGACCAACCUCGCCGUCGGCCUCUCCACGGCCAAGGGCCUGGCCGUGGCGUGGGACGUGCCGCUCCUGGGCGUCCACCACAUGCAGGCGCACGCGCUGACGCCCCGGCUGGCGCGCGCCCUGGAAGCCGACGGCGGCGCGGCGGCGGGCCCCGAGUUCCCCUUCUUAACGCUGCUCGUGUCGGGCGGGCACACGCAGCUCGUCCGCUCGGCGUCGCUGACGGAACACGCCAUGGUCGUCGACACGUGCGACGUGGCCGUCGGCAACCUGCUCGACCAGGCGGCGCGCCACAUCCUGCCGCCCGAGGUGAUGGAGGCCAGCCCGGACGUCAUGUACGGCCGCGAGCUCGAGGCCUUUGCCUUUCCGCCGGCGCCGGGCCCCGGACCCGAGGGCGACGACGUCGUGGCCGCGCAGCACGGCGCCUUCUUUCGCCCGGCCCGCUCGCGCCACGACGAAAUGGUCGACGUGCCGUCGGGCUACGACUGGGCCGUGACGCUGCCCUUUCGCCACUCGCGCCGCCUCGUCUUCUCCUUCGGCGGCAUCUACGCCCAGGUCCACCGCAUCGCCGCCGCGCGCCCGCACAUGGACCUACCCGAGCGCCGCGCCCUCGCCCGCCACACCCUCCGCGCCGCCUUCCAGCACAUUGCCUCGCGCCUGUGCCUCGCCCUCGACGGCGGCGACGUGCUGCCCACCACCACCGCCGCGGCGCCGCCCACCCUCGUCGUCGCCGGCGGCGUCGCCUGCAACCGCUUCCUCGCCCACGUCCUGCGCUCCACCCUCGCCGCCCGCGGCUUCCCCGCCGUCGACCUCGUCGUCCCGCCGCUCGGCCUCUGCACCGACAACGCGGCCAUGGUUGCCUGGGCUGCCUCGGAGAUGUACCGCGCCGGCUGGGAGACGGAGUUGUCCGUGUCGCCCAUUAGGAAGUGGCCCAUGGAUCCUGCGGCGGGCGGGGAGGGCCUGCUGGGUGUGGAGGGAUCCAAGUGGCGUGGGAAGCAUUGCAGAACGGAAGAGCAAACAAGUGGAGCAGAUGGAAGAGCCCUGUUAGCUGUGUGGUCGUACAUGAUACAGCGGCCGGCGCAGCGCCACAGCCCUACCGAGUCGGCCAAUAUCCCCAACCGUUCUCUCCUACCACUCAACGGCAGCCCUUUUCACCAGUCGUGCUGCUCCCGACGACUUCGUUGCUAG